AUGAAGCAUGCAAUCGAGAGUUCAGGAAGUUUAACAAAGGCUUUUAAUUCUUUAGACAGGUGGUUGCGUUUGCAUCAUGAAGAGAGCUCAUUGCAAUAUGAAAGUGAAAGUAUAAAUAUUGACCCAUUGUUAGCACAAGAUGAUAAAUAUCGAUUAGGACCACUUUUGGGAAAAGUAUCUCAGUUUGCACUAAAUAGUAUAAAGAAUGAACUUCUCAGCACCACUACAUAUGAAGCUUGCUUGUGCGAACCAUGUGUUAAUUACAGUAUACCUUGUCGUCAUAUGCUUCCAGCAAAAGGUUCUAUUUCAUUAUCAAGUAUUUCAAAAAGAUGGCUGUUAUUUCCCGAUCAAGAUCAAUUAGAUUCUCAACAUGUAGUUCAAAAUACAGCUUCAAUUAACCUUGACAAUUUUAUUUCACUUAAGUCUAAGCUUUAUAUGGUUGAAACACGAUAUAUGGGCUUUUUAGAUGAACAGCAAAAGUCAAUCCUUCUAAACCAACUUGAUGAUAUUUUGACAGUUCCAGAAGUUAAGCUUUCUGAUAUAAAAGUACCAGAAAGAAUUAUAGGAAAAGGCCGUCCUUCUGGAACCAAACGAUUACCAAUUGCAUUGGAACAACUAACCAAGAGUACCAGCUUUUCGCAAUGUAUUUCAGAACUUCAUAUCGAAGAUCAAGCCUCGAAGAUUUUGUUAAAUUAUUGCAUUCCUGCUGAUGAUAUAGACCAAGUAUAUAAUCCACUAAGCGAUGGUAAUUGUGGAUUUCGUGCACUUGCAUUUGCUAUUAGAGGGAAUGAAGAAAAUUGGGAUCUCAUCAAAUUAGCAAUGAAUAAUCAAUUAAAUAAGCGAAUGGAGAUUUACAAAGAUUGGUUGGGCUAUAAUGUUGAAUUGCUUAAACGGAUAUUGGAGUCUCGAGCAUCACCUUGUGAACCUUUGCUUUGGUUUCUGUCACCUAAUUGCGCUCAAUUAGCUGCCAACACUUUUUCUGUUCCUAUCGCUAUUUUUGAUGAGAGAAAUGAACAGAGUAUGAUGUUCUUUCCGCUAGAGACACCACCAGUGCAUCGAAGAAACCCAAUUAUUUUACAUUUUAUAAAUGGAAAUCAUAUUAUAUAUGUAGGUAUGAAAAGUUACGUGAAGGUUAAUUGGCCAGUGGUUAACGUUCAGCAUACACCAAUAUGUCGCAAAUAUGGUCUUGAAGAUCACUGGUCAAACCUUUUUAUAUAA